GGCUGUCGGCGCCACAAAACAAAAACAAAACCAAAAAAAAAAAGAUCUACGAUCGAGGAGAUCGAUUAGUUUUGUCUUGAGAUCUCCGUUAUUCCCUCUCGGCCGCCAUGUUUGCGGAUAACAGAUAACGAACGUGCGGCGGUGGCUUUAAGCAUACAAGUGUGCGACGCCGACCGGGGAAACGACUUUGCGGGCGUUAAAGUUUAUGCGGUGGUGUUUUUUUAAAAAAAUUCCAAUCGAGUCGAGUUCAAAACAAUUUAGUUACAUUUUUUUUCGCGGUUUCCGAUUUCCGUUUCUUCGCUGCCCGUACGUGUAACAUGCUGAGAUCUUUGAACAUGUACACGCUUCUAGCCGUCGUACAGCAACUAGUGUAUACGCAGGCCAAUCUCAAUGCGUUGACCAGAAGGAUACACCACAAAAACGGUACCACCAUACCCAUAGACGUUUAUGUCAGCUAUACCAACAACCCUUGGGGACCGUCGGCCAUACUGGAAUCGGCGAGUCAGUCCGACGACAAAGAGCCGCAAACCCGGCCCAAGAGAAGUGCGUUCCAACUGUACAACAUGGUGGUGUGUGCGACCGGUUGCAACCCGAUUGCUUACCUAGGCUACGGCUGUUACUGCGGUUUCCUGGGUUCCGGAUUGCCGGUCGACGCGAUUGACAACUGUUGCAAAAUGCACGAUUGGUGUUAUGACGGUGCCGACUGUCCAAUGUUCCUAGAGUACUUCACACCGUACGUGUGGACUUGCUACAACCGCAAACCGUUGUGUUCUUUGGGAGGAGGUUGUAGUCAACGGCUGUGCGAGUGUGAUCAACAAUUAGCGCUGUGCUUAAGACACUACGGAUGCCCAAAGAAGAAGGCGUUAUGCAAAUCGAGUUCAUGGAGAUGGUUUCAAAACUUAUUGUUUUAACGUGAAAAACCAAACCAGAUCCACUUGGAAGUGUUCUAGUCAUUACUAUUUAAAAUUGAACGGCGCAAACGUGGCACACUACAUGUACAAUAUAAGUUGUAUAUAAUAUUAUGUAUAAAAUAUACGGUGAACGUGGAUCAGUUCCUCGCCAAUAAAAUUGAUACUCAGGACAAUUGAAAUGCGAAACAUCACCUAAGAAAAGAGGUUACCAAAACUGAAACGGCUUACAGUGUAAACCGUGUAGCGCCGAGAUCCGUCGAUUACUGUUUGUGUUAUUUUUUUGACAUAAGACAACAUUUAAACUUUUAUUUUUUAUCCAAAUCACUUUAUAAACAUGUAUAAGUAAACUUAUUCGCACUGUUCCACACGUUUAAAUAUACACACUUCAUAAAUACAUACAUAUACC